CGUUUGACAUGCGAUCUGGGUGCGUAUACACGUAGGAUACAAAAGUACUAUAGCGAUGGGUAGAUUCAGAUCCUGAGUUUUGACAGAUUGGUUGACAGAUACUGCUGUCAUUAAAAAUUGUAUAGCAUACAGUUACAACGAUAUUUUUGUAUAAUAAUAUAAGAUUUAAUUAUCACAAUGGAGAAUAAACCUAAAACUGAACAUUUGUUGGCUUUAAAAGUAAUGAGGUUAACUAGACCAACACUUGCGAGUCCUGUAAUUGUAACAUGCGAUUCAAGUGAUCUGCCAGGUAAUACUUUGAAUAAUGAACUCAAAAAUGAUUGUACGGCAUUACAAGGAAUGGAGACUCUUGCGAUAGGACAAAUGAUGCUGUUACCACAAAGCUUUGGCAAUACGUAUCUUGGAGAAAUUUUCUCAUGCUAUUUGUGUGUACAUAAUGGCAGUAGUCAAGCAGUUAAAGAUGUUGUUGUAAAAGCUGACUUGGAAACACCAUCUCAAAGAAUUCCUUUAUUUUGUCAUAAUGAAGAAAAUAAGGAACUGGCACCAGACAGUACAAUUGAUAAAGUUUUACAUCAUGAAGUUAAAGAAUUAAGUGCUCAUAUACUUGUAUGUGAGGUGUCUUAUACGCCCGUAAAUCCGACAGGUUCUGUGCAAUAUUUUCGAAAGUUUUUCAAAUUCCUUGUUUUUAAGCCACUCGAUGUAAAAACGAAAUUCUACAAUGUGGAGUCAGAUGAAGUUUACCUCGAAGCGCAGAUUCAAAAUCUAACAGCUGGACCAAUUUGUUUAGAAAAGGUUGCUCUUGAAUCUUCAACUUUAUUCACAGUGACAACUUUAAAUACAAAUGAAAAGGGAGAGUCUGUUUAUGGUAGAGUAAAUCUACUGGAUGCAGAAUGUAGUCGCCAAUAUCUGUACUGUUUGAAGCCUAGUCCUACCUUAUUGAAGGAUCCUAAAAUGAUGCAUAAUGCAACAAAUAUUGGUAAACUUGAUAUUGUCUGGAGAACAAAUUUAGGAGAAAGAGGUCGUUUACAAACAAGUCAGCUGCAGCGACUGGCACCCAAAUGUGGCGAUUUGCGAGUUACAAUGAAGGAUAUUCCAGGAGAAGUAUACUUAGAAAAACAAGUCAAUUUCAAAUGCCACAUAAUAAAUACAUCAGAACGAUCUAUGGACAUAAUAUUGGGUUUAGAAUCCAAUGAUUCGAUAGCAUGGUGUGGAAUAUCUGAAACUAUGAUAGGCUCUGUGAAGCCUGGUGCUUCUAUUGAUGUUCCAUUGUGCCUCAUACCAUUAGUCACUGGACUUAUUGUAAGUAUUCUUUACUAUCAAGUACUAUGGAGUAUAAGUAGUACAAUUAUUAAUCAUUAUGGUACUCCGCUUAACGACAACAAUUCUCUUGCAGACCAUUUCUGGCGUGAAAUUAGUGGAUACGUUUUUGAAACGAGUUUACGACUACGAUGAUCUAGCACAGAUUUAUGUUUACCAAGAAUAGUAAUAAUCUCUAUAUAAAAAUGGAAAUAUAUCAACAGUUUUUAUAGUUAAGUAUAUUUUAAUUAUAAGCAGUAUUUAAUACUUCACUAUACAGAGCGUACGUUUAAUUUUGAAAAUUUUAAAACAGUGCAUUUACUGCAGCAAAAUGUAGUAAGGACCCAGUGAUUAUUGAAAGAAAAAAGUUACUUAAUAACACAAAA